CUGUGCUGUCAAACUGUCAAUGGCUAUUAUUUACAAUCACUUAAGAUAAUAUUAAUCAUAUUUAAAGUAAAUUGAUGAGAAAAUAACAGACGGAUAAAAAAACGAAUUCUUAAAAGAUGAAUUCUGCUACCCCAGGUGUGCCCCAGGUGCCGCUGCUGGACGACGACACCAUCGCCUUUGGGGAAGAAGACAAUGCCAACAAGCAAUUUGUACAUCCCUACAUAGUAUUCUUCCACCUCGUAUUCAGAAGCUCAGCGAUAGUGGUGUAUAUACUGUGCGGCUGGUUCUCCGACUCGUUCAUUGCAAGCUUUGUACUGGUGAUAUUACUGUUGUCAGCUGAUUUUUGGACUGUCAAAAAUAUUAGUGGUCGUCUCUUAGUUGGGCUGAGAUGGUGGAACUAUGUGGAUGAUGAUGGCAAAUCACAUUGGGUCUUUGAAUCACGGCAGAACCGAGUGAAUCGCAAUGAGAGCCGUUUAUUUUGGCUGGGUCUCAUCCUCUGCCCCUUGAUCUGGUCCGGCUUCUUCCUUAUCUGUCUCUUUGGACUUAAGUUUAAAUGGAUGUUGUUGGUGCUAAUAGCGCUGACCCUGACCGGCUCCAACCUGUAUGGAUACGUGAAGUGCAACUUUGGUGCCAAGGAGAACUUGCAGACGGCCACCAAGGACUUCUUAAAGCAGCAGCUGCUGCAGAACGCCACCUCCUUCAUGUUCUCCCAGCCUGCGCCCCCCACCACCGCCAACACCGGCGUCGUCUAAUCUAACUCAACAAAUGUUCUCUAUCAAUUAUGUCUAUUAUAGUCAAAAUAAAGUUAUCUAUUAAUAGUCAUUGUUUUAGGCAAUUUUAUAAA